AUGGAUUUUAAUAGCGACUCCGACAAUGAUAGCGACUACGACCCUUUUGCAGAAUAUUACGAUAUCGGUUCACCUCUUAUCGAAUGUCGGUAUUGUAAAGCAAUGAUGUGGUAUCAAGAGAGGAUGCACAAAAGUACCCACUCUGCUAACCCGAAGUUUAUGAUGUGUUGUGGGAACGGAAAAGUUGAACUCCCACUGCUGAGACAGCCUCCGGAACCACUUGCAACACUUUUGUUUGAUCACGAAAAUAGUGUUAGUCGGAAGUUUCAACAACAUAUCCGACUAUACCAUAUGAUGUUUGCAUUCACGUCACCGGGAGCAAGGUUGGACAAUCGUUUUAACAACGGACGUGGCCCUCCAAUACUAAGGAUACAAGGUCAAACGUGUCAUCGCAUCGGAAGCAUGUUGCCUCCUCAAGGUCAAAAACCAAAGAACAAAGAGAACAUUGAUCCUUUGGUUGUCAAUCAAUUGUCCAGCAUGUUGUAUGAAUUCAAUCCUCAUGCUAAGAUCUUUCAAAUGGCAAGACACUGGUUGAAUAGCGGUGAACCUCAAAACCUCAAACUUCGACUAAUCUCGAAUCGGUCUACCGAUGGCAGAGUGUAUAAUCAGCCAACUAUUAGUGAAGUUGCAGCCUUGGUUGUUGGAGAUAUAGACACGGCUGAGAUGAGGGAUAUAAUAAUGCAAACUAGAGGAGGAGGACUUCAAAGAAUCAACGAGCUCCAUGCCGCUUACAUGGCUUACCAGUAUCCGUUGAUUUUUCCGUAUGGUGAAGAUGGCUAUAGACCUGAUGUAGCACAUAGGGACCUACCUGUCAACGAAAACAACAUCAGAAAUAGGCUCACGAUUCGCGAAUGGCUGGCCUUCCACAUUCAAACCAGAUCAAAGGAAGCUAAGACUUUGUUAUCUUCUAGAAGGCUGUUCCAGCAAUUUCUGGUCGAUGGUUACACUAUGUUAGAGUCCGAGAAGCUAGAAUGGCUGCGCAAAAAUCAACCGAAGCUUCGGGUGUCCAAGUACAACUCUUUACAAGAAGAGGGCGAACAAAGUCAAGCUCCAGGUUUAACCAUGGGUAAACGAGUGGUGUUGCCUUCGUCCUUUGUUGGCGGUCGUAGGUUUAUGGAUCAAUUGUACUAUGAUGGAAUGGCUAUAUGCAGUAAAGUUGGAUUUCCAGAUUUGUUUAUAACUUUUACAUGUAACCCCAAUUGGCCUGAGAUUCAAAGGGUGCUUGGUCCUCUUCAUCUAAAGCCUCAAGAUCGACCGGAUAUCAUUUCUAGAAUUUUCAAAAUCAAGUUUGAUCAAUUGCUGGCAGAUUUGACCAAAAAAGGUGUUCUUGGCAAAGUGCUUGCUUAUAUGUACACCAUUGAAUUUCAAAAAAGAGGAUUGCCCCAUGCCCAUAUAUUGAUCUUCUUGCAUCCUUCAAACAAAUAUCCAAGACCGGAAGACAUUGACAAGAUCAUUAGUGCUGAAGUACCCGAUCCCGAAACACAACCUCGGCUAUACAAUUUGGUCAAAUCUCACAUGGUUCAUGGUCCUUGUGGUUUGGCAAAUCAAAAAUCACUUUGUAUGAAAGAUGGGAGAUGCACAAAGUUUUACCCUAAGAAAUUCCAAAGUACAACUAUAGUGGACCAAGAAGGAUACCCGGUUUAUAGGAGAAGAAACAACGGACACACCAUUCAAAAGAACGACAUCAUCUUUCAUAGUGGUCAUGUUGUUCCUCACAAUCCAAGUUUGUUGUUGAAGUACGAAGCCCACAUCAACAUGGAAUGGUGCAAUCAAAAUACUUCUAUCAAAUACCUUUUCAAAUAUAUUAAUAAAGGCUCCGAUAGAAUUUCAGCAAUCAUACAAGGCCAGGACAAAAACAAUGUUGAUGAGAUCAAACAAUAUUUGGAUUGUCGAUACAUCUCCCCAAGUGAAGCAUGUUGGCGGAUAUUUUCUUAUUCUAUUCAUGGCAGAAAACCAGCCGUAGAAAGAUUGUUUUUUCACAUGGAAGGUGAAAAUUCCGUGUACUACAAAGACUACGAGCAUGUUGGUGAUGUGUUGCUCAAACCAAGUGUAACGGAGUCCAUGUUUACGGCUUGGUUUGAGGCUAACAAAACUUAUGAGGAAGCAAGAUUACUAACUUAUGGGGACUUUGUUUCUAAAUUUGUCUAUCAUAAACGAGUCGAAGUUGGAAACCAAGGAAGCGAGGGUAUACCAUUGGUCGACUGA